AUCGCUGUCUUUUUGGACUCACUCUCACAACCCAAACAGAGUACCUUAGUUUAACAGCAUUAUUUCCAAGUUCAACUCUCACUAACUCACUCACUCUGUAGUACAAUUAUCUAUCAAUCAUGAAGAACUCAAAAUACCAAUAUUCUAAGUAAGUAGUGAGGUACUAUUAAAAGGAGAAGAAUAAGAAGUGACAGAGAUAGAGUCAGAGGAGGUAGAGGUAUGGGUAUGGGUGCUCAAAGAACACCCCAAAAGAAAAAAUCAACAACACUUGAAUUCCUGUUUAGUUUGGAUUCAUCAUACACAAACUAUGGAGAUAACACUAUCAACAACAACCAAUCAUCUUCACAAGAACUUCUCUCAAUCAUUUCUUAUUGCACAAACUUCAUCUACACUUUCGUCGAUCCAUUAGAAACGGUAUCUCAACAAGAUUUCAAGAAGCUUAAGCUCACUCAGCUUCUAUCUCUUCUAAAAUCACCUGAAAACAACCUCUUGGAGGAUGAUGAGAUUCAAUCAGCACUUGUCUCUAUGAUAUCUGCUAACCUGUUCAGACCACUCCCACCAUGUCCAAAUGCUUCAACCACACCAGUUGAUUCACCUGAUGAUGAAGAACCCAUGGCGGUUCCUGUACCUUCCUGGCCACACCUACAAGUUGUAUAUUGUAUUCUUCUCCGACUAGUCAUAAAUGCUGACCCGAAAACUCUACGUAACCACAUCGAUCAUUCGUUUCUUGUUAAUUUACUCUUACUCUUUCAAUCAGAGGAUCCUAGAGAGCGCGAGACUUUGAAGAACGUGUACCAUCGGAUAUACUCGAAAUUCACAUUUUACAGGUCAAAUAUGAGAAAAUCAAUGAUAAACGUGUUCUUACACUAUGUUUGUGAGAUGGAAACUCAGUGUGGAGUCGGAGAAUUGCUCGAAAUAUGGGGAAGUAUCAUUAACGGGUUCGCAGUUCCAAUCAAGGAAGAGCACAAGUUGUUUUUGGUUAAGGUUCUUAUUCCUCUUCACAAGCCCAAAGGCAUCCAGACUUACCACAGGCAAUUGGCAUAUUGUGUCUCUCAGUUCGUACAGAAGGAAACUGUUCUAGGUGGGAUUGUUGUCAGGGGGAUUCUAAAGUAUUGGCCGGUCACUAAUUGCCAAAAGGAGGUUUUGUUAAUUGGACAAUUGGAGGAAUUGGUUGAAAAUAUCGAUCCGGGUGAGUAUAAGAAGUUGGCUAAGCCUUUAUGCGCACAAUUUGCGAAAUGUCUGAACAGUUGCAACUCACAGGUUGCAGAGCGAGCCCUGUACUUAUGGAACAAUGAGCAGUUUGUAAAAAUGGUGACACUGGAAAUGGAAGAGGUGUUUCCUGAAGUGGUGCAACGCAUUGAAAUGAACCUUAAGGGGCAUUGGAGUAGGAGUAUACGUCAACUCACAGAAAGCAUAAAACCAAUGCUGGAGGAAAUGGACCCGAUUAUGUAUUCUAAGUGCGUAAAAGAGACUGAACAUAGAAUAAACAUGGCAGAGCAGGAAGAAAUGAAGAGGAAGUUGAAGUGGGAAGAACUAGAAAUGGCCGUCGCCAAGAAACAAAAUCUUUGAUAACCCCACUGUAAUUUCAGUUGUAGAUUUAAGUUAAACUGAGACUUAAAGUUACAUUAAUAACACAAAGAACCUGACUGCUUUACUUUAGCCUUUCAAGAAUUUUUUUUCUUAUCAGAAGGUCUUCAUAGUUAGAUAGCACGUCAACUCUGCUUGGUUUUCUUCCAACUGGUGAGUGAGGUCUUCAUAGUUCAUACGUGAAUGCCAAAUUCUGUAUUAUGUUCAGUAAAUACUAAAUACCCUUCAGUUAAGAUAUUUGUAUCCUGGUAAUCGAAACAAUCUAUAUACAAGACAGACUGAAUUUGGCAUA